AUGUCCCUCGCCCUCUAUUUACCACAGCACGAGGGCUACCUCCCCAAGUGGCUCCUCCUCGUCUCCGUCGUAUCGACCCUCAAUACCCUCCAGGCAUACACUAACCCGACUUAUACCGGUCAACUCUACGCUGCUGGCCCUGUCACCCCUCUCUCCUCGCGCAAAUUUGGCACCUGGACGUUUUUGUCUUCCGUGAUACGCUUCUACGCGGCAUACUACAUCUCCGACCCACAUGUAUACGAUCUAGCGAUAUGGACGUACGGAAUUGCAUUGGCUCACUUUGUGAGUGAGUGGUUGGUGUUUGGAAGCGCGAGAGCCAAGGGCAGAUUUGUUAGCCCGUUGGUGGUGGCGAGUGCGAGCUUCGCGUGGAUGAUCACGCAGAGGGGAUGGUAUGUGAAGUGA